AUGGCUACUAACCUGCCCCAAAAUGUUAGAGCAGUCCUCCAGCCGGACCCUAAGGUCGACACCCUUAUCCUUACCGAGACGGCCCUCCCUAUGCCCAAGGAAGGCGACACCGAAGAGCACCUUGUGCAGAUCAAGGCUACGUCGCCCUGCCUCAGCGAGCUCACUUGGGAGCGCUACUUCCCGGAGGCCUUCACCACCGACCGCGAGCGCGUCCCCGGCACCGAGGGCGCUGGCGUCGUCGUCACGGCCCCUGCUAGGUCCCCCUUCAAGCCCGGCGAUGAGGUCUACUUCCGCAACCAUGCCGACCGCCGUGGCUGCCUCAGCGACUACACGCUUAUCAAUAAGAGCAGCCUCGCCCUCAAGCCUAAGUCGCAGAGCUGGGUCGAGGCCGCCGCCACGCCGCUAAGCUCCCUGACCGCCUACCAGGGGCUCUUUGAGCACGGCCUGCUCAACCCACGGGCUAUCGUCACUCAGGGCGGCGACGCUAAGGCUCGUGAAGCUAACGGCAAGGUGAGGGUACUCAUCACGGCGGCGAGCGGCAGCGUCGGUAGCUGGGCUGUGCAGCUCGCUGCCGCGGCAGGCGCUGGCGCUAUCGUCGCUAUGUCUGGGCCCUCCAAGGUUGACGACGUGCGCAAGGCCGGCGCCACAGAUAUAAUCGACUACACUAAGCAGUCGGUCGCCGAUUGGGCUGCCCAGGACCCGUCCUCGACGCAGUGUGACAUGGCGCUCGACUGCGUCGGCGGCGACUCUCUCGCCGGGUGCUGGACUGCCGUCAGGGAGGGCGGCGUGCUGCUCAGCGUCUCCGACUCGCCCGACCGCGUCAGGCCCGCGUCCGUGGCGUCCAAGAAACUCGCUAAGGCGACCUGGUUCCUCGUCCAGCCGCGCGGUAGCGACCUCGCCGAGAUCGCAAAGGUAGUCGACGCGGGUAUAGGCAAGCCGUGGAUCGACAGCGCCGUAGAGUUUGAGGACUUCCAAAAGGCGUUUGACAAGGUGGAGACGAGGCAUGCCAAGGGCAAGGUGGUGAUCAAGAUCACGACAUGA